AACAAAAACACCCCCAGGCCAAGAAGCUCUGUUGCCACGUUCAAACUGACGUUGUAUUACUGUACAUCUUGAGCAGCCUCAAAACAGACGUGCAUUUAGACCGCUUCGCUUCAGCGUCCCAUUCUUUGCCUUGUCUCCUUUUUUUUCUCCUUCUCUUUUGACAGACCGCCAGUCUUUCCGAGGCUCCGAUUCUUCUCCUCUCCUACGAUAUACCACUUUUGAUAUCCCGCAUUGGUUCUCCCGCUACUAAAGUAUUGAUCCGAUUUCGACCGAUAACCCCUGCGCCACAUUACCACUGUGCCCAUAUUUUUUCAUCCCCCUUCAAUUACGUCUGGGUCGUAAACCAGUCGGACAAGUUUUUGUGCUCUUGAAUCCGAGCCGGCGAUAAUAUCUUCCCAUCGCCUUUCCCACGCCCGCCGGUAAACCUCCCUUCUCGGCAUCACCACUUGAUCCGCCCAUCAUGGCCGCUCCAGCUGCCACUGCUCCCCUGCAGCUUGACCCCAAAUAUGACGGCUAUGACUUCCCAACCGUCGCUCCAGUCCCCGCCCCUGGCCACCCAGGCCACUUGACGGCUGAACAGCAGGCCCAGGUGUCGCAGCUCAGGCUCAUGCUUGAGUCGCAGGGCUACACUGAUCGUCUCGACACUCUGACUCUGCUCCGCUUCCUCCGCGCACGCAAGUUCGAUGUCAAUCUCGCCCUCAAGAUGUUUGUCGACUGUGAGAAGUGGCGCAAGGAGACCAAGCUCGACGAGAUUCUGCCGACAUGGGACUACCCCGAGAAGGCCGAGAUAUUCAAGUACUACCCCCAGUACUACCACAAGACGGAUAAGGACGGCCGGCCAGUCUACAUUGAGCAGCUUGGCAACGCCGACAUCACCGCCAUGAACAAGAUUACAACGCAGGAGCGCAUGCUGACGAACCUGGCCGUCGAGUACGAGCGCGUGGCCGACCCGCGUCUACCCGCUUGCAGUCGCAAGUCCGGCCACCUGCUCGAGACAUGCUGCACCAUUAUGGACUUCAAGGGUGUCGGCAUCUCCAAGGCAUCGCAGGUCUACGGCUACGUGCGCGCGGCCUCCAACAUGUCGCAGAACUACUACCCCGAGCGCCUGGGCCGCCUGUACCUGAUCAACACCCCCUGGGGCUUCAGCGGCGUCUGGGGCAUUGUCAAGGGUUGGCUCGACCCCGUUACCGUCCAGAAGAUCCACAUCCUGGGUAGCGGAUACCAGAAGGAGCUGCUGGCCCAGAUCCCCGCCGAGAACCUGCCCAAGAGCUUGGGUGGUACCUGCACCUGCGCCGGCGGCUGUGAGCUUUCGGAUGCUGGCCCAUGGAACGAGAAGGAGUGGGCUCGUCCCCCCAAGUGGGAGACGAAGCACAAGCAGCAGGCCGCUGCUCCUGCAGCUGCUGCUGCUCCGGCCGCUACUGAGCCUGCCCCUGCCGCCGCUCCUGCUGCGCCCGCUGCUGAGGCCGAGGCUAAGCAGCCAGCUGCCGCUUAAGCUGGCCUGUCUUAUGCGCAGUGUGUCCGACCGCAAAGGCGUUGCAGCCUGUAUUGUUUGAGAGCGUCGAGAUGAAUAGGGUAAUUGCAAGGAGUUGGGGAGAAAAGAAUGGCGGCGGGAAUUCUGCCAGAGAUGAGAUCCCUAGACUUGUUUGUUGGGGUUGUGCGGGAGGGCAGGUUUUACCAGGGUUGAUACCCGCUUAGGUUUGACUUGUAAAGUUGUUGAAAAGAUGAGACGGCACCGAAAGAUGCAGAUUAUAGACAUUUCUUCGUAGCCUUAUAUCCACCAGUCUUUUUAUUCAUUCAGUUGUUCCUGCACG